AUGGAUAUUGCAGAUAGCAGCGUAGAGCUUUGGAUAAGGUACUUAGGAAACGAGUCUUUGCUGCAGCCUCUGUGGGACAGCCUGAGGUUCAACUACAAAGACUAUUUGAGAUCUCCACUCUUUCCCAUCGUUCUGACCGUGUCCUCAUACUUUGUCUUGUGCCUUCCUUUUCUUGUUUGUGACAUCAUAGGAGACAGGUGGGCAUGGGUCCAGCAAUUUAAGAUCCAACCCAGUCGUCGGCCAACAGCCUCCACAUUGCUGCACUGUGCAGGUGUCACCCUGUACAACCAUGUGUUUCUUGUACUGCCAGCAUCAGUGGCUCAGUGGCUAUGGAGGCCACCUGUGGACCUGCCAGACCAGGCUCCAUCUCUGCUGGAGCUGAUAGCUGGAGUGAUCGGCAAUCUCCUGCUCUUUGACUUCCAAUACUUCAUCUGGCACCUGCUCCAUCACCGGAUUCUCUGGCUGUAUGUCACUUUCCAUGCCAUCCAUCAUAAAUACUCAUCCCCCUUUGCUCUGGCUACUCAGUGUCUUGGUGGUUGGGAGCUGGUUACAGUUGGCUUUUGGACCACCCUGAACCCUGUGAUCCUGAGAUGCCAUUUACUCACCACAUGGACCUUCAUGAUAUUGCAUGUCUACGUUUCCAUAGAGGAUCACUGCGGCUACAAUUUCCCCUGGUCCACAUCUCGUCUGAUACCAUUUGGCAUCUAUGGAGGGCCCAGCAAACAUGAUGUGCACCAUCAGAAGCCCAACACCAACUUUGCACCACACUUCAGCCACUGGGACAAAAUAUUUGGCACCCAUGCUGACUUCAGUUUUAUCAGUGUUGUGAAAUAG